AUGAGCAUUGUAAAUGCUCCUAGAAAGUAUAAUGUUCAAAUCAUGUCAACGUCAUUCCAUUCUCUCUCCACCGUCCGCGGCGGCGCCACCGCUCUCAUCACCAUCGUUCCUCGGAGAUCCACCAUCCUCGAAUAUAAUCAGACGGCUAGGAUGAGUUAUAACUCGCGUACACCGUUGAUGCCUGUACCGUCAAGGAAGCGGAAAGAAAGAGAGGCAUUUUAUAAUGCCACGUCAUCAAAACCGUUAGCUCCAGUAACGACAGUUAAUCCUGUCGUUAGUAGUGGGAAUCCAACGACGCCGUUCGAGCAGCAGCCGUUGUGUUCGAAUCGGCUUUUAGCCGGUUACAUGGCUUACGAGUUUUUAACCAAGGGAACACUUCUUGGGGAGAGGUUUGACCCGGCUCGAACCGAGGCUGUUCCUGUGAGCUCAACCGACUCGAAAAGGAACAGGCAUGGUGUAAGUCAGAGUCAGCAGAAUGUUGACGCAGAACCGAGUGGGAAGCAGAAGCCACAGGGCUAUGCUGAGGUGGCAAGCUUGUUGAAGAGUGAUGGAGCCCACAUUCCAGGAAUUCUUAAUCCUACGCAAUUAGCUGGAUGGAUUCAGAUGUGA